GGAAGCAGCUUCACGUUAGUUAGUUUCUCAAUCCCUAAAUUCGGAUUUUGAGCGAACUGUUGUAACGGCGAAUCGUAAUGGUUAUGGCGGCGAAUUUCUUUAAGUUAGAUUCGGUGGAGUCUGACACGGAUGAAGAGCCGAGUAAGGCUGCGGUUCAAUCGAAGAAGAAAGCAAGUGGUGAAAAACCUGAUUGUGAUGAUAGUGGAAAGAUAUCGAAGAAGAAGGUAUCUGGUGGUGGUGAUGAGAUAGGAAACAAUGAAAGCUCCAAAGUUAGUGAAGGAAAUCGAAGCCAUGAGAAACCACUCGCCAACACUGAUGAUGAUGAUGAUGAUGAUGAUGCUAAGAGAAAGAGAAAGCGUGUUGAUGUGGGAGAUACACCACACAAGCCUAAGAAGCAAAAAUCAAGUGUUGAUCCUGAGGCUGAAGUUGAAAACAACAAUGACCGCAUGAAAAAGUCUACCAAGGACCUAAAGAAGAAAAGUAAGAGGAAGAAGACGCAAAUUGAGGUUGAAGAAGACAACAAAGACUCUACUGAAGAUGCUAAUCAGAUACAAACUGACAAGUAUACCAAAGAUCCAAAGAAGAAAAGUAAGAAGAAGAAGAAGAAGCAAAUUGAUGAUUCAGAGGUUGAAGAAGACAACAAAAACUCUACUGAAGAUGCUAAUCAGAUACAAACUGACAAGUCUACCAAAGAUCCAAAGAAGAAAAGUAAGAAGAAGAAGCAAAGUGGUGAUCCAAACAACAAGGACUCUACUGAAGAUAAAGAUGCAGAGAUGACACAAACUGAGGCUGAAGAAAACGACUUGAAGUUGAACUCUCUUGAAAGUGGUAAGAAGAAGAGGAACAAGAAGAAGAAGAAGAAGAAGAAGCAAAGUGAAGAUCUUGAGGCUGAAGAGAACAACAACAACAACAGCAACAAUAAAGGAAAGGAGAAAAGGAAGAAGAAGAAGAAGAAGCAAAAGGGUGAUGAAGUUGUGAGCACCCCACCAAGUAAAAGCGCUAAAAAGGUCAACUUUUCUGACCAUGUUGAAGUGUUUCCUGCCGAGUCCGAAGAAAGUGAAGAUGAAGAAGAUGAAAAAGUCGACUUGGUGAGAGGUAAGCGCUUUACCAAAGAAGAAGACGAGCUGAUCAAGAAAUCUGUAUUAGAAUACGUUGAUAACCACGCUCUAGGAGAUGAAGGGAUAAACAUGGUUAUGAACUGCCAGUCACACAAAAAGGUCAAAGGCUGCUGGAAAGAGAUAGCAGCUGCUUUGCCUUGGAGGCCAUACACUGGUGUCUACUACCGUGCUCACACUUUAUUUGAACAAGGAUCAAAGGGUGUAUGGAGCAAAGAGGAUUUGGAACUCGUCGUAGAGUAUCAAAAGAAACACGGCAAUGAUUGGAGAACCCUCGCAGAUGCAAUGGGUAAACACAGGAACCACGUGAAGGACGCUUGGAGGAGGAUAAGAUUGGCAUCCAAGAAGAAAGGGCAUUGGACGAUGGAGGAGUACCAAAGCCUCUUUGAUCUCGUUAACAAAGAUCUGAGAAUAAAAGCCUUCAAAGAGAAGCAUUCAAAACAUGGGAUGCUCCGAGAUAACAUCCCUUGGAUGGCUAUAAGCGACCAGCUCGGAACAAGGGACCAUGUUGUCUGCUGUUUGAAAUGGUAUGAUCAGUUGACGUCACCAAUGGUGGCUAAGGGGAUAUGGGCUAAUGUGGAUGACUAUAGGCUCUUGGAGGAGCUUACGAAUCUGGAUGCUGCUUGCGUUGACGACGUGGAUUGGGAUAUUCUUUUGGAUAAUAGAGAUGGAGAUGCUUGUAGAAGUCGGUGGAACCAGAUGGUGAAUCAUAUUGGUAUACCUGGAAGCAAAACAUUUGCAGAACAAGUUGAGGUUUUGUCUCAAAGGUAUUGUCCUGACAUUGCUGAGGACAGAGAAGAUUUUGACAGCAGGCCUUUUGAUCCUGAAGAUUAAGCAAAACUUUAAUAAGAGUUUAUUUGUUCUUUUCAUGUUCUACUCUGUGGUCAACUUAUGUUUGUGAGCUUGAAAAACUAUGUUAAGGUUUUUGAUUGUGACUCUUUGCUUCUCUUUUUUCUUUGUGCAUUAAUGUUUAUCAGUCAUAUGAAUAUCUAAUGAAUAUAUAUCCUUC